CAGCCAGGCGGGGACAGAGGGAAGGAGGGAGGGCGGGCGAGGGGGAAGGCCGCCCUUCGUCGGUUUUUGUGUGAGGAAGCGAAAGCGAAGCGGGUUCGCCUCCGGAGGAAGGAAGGAAGGCAAGAAGGGGCGGGCCUCCUGCGCGUCCCGAGAGCGGCCUCCUUCCCCGCCGCCGCCGCUCAUGAGGAGGAGGAAGCGGAGCAGCGCCUGAGGCCGAACAUGUCUGGCAACGGCUUCGACCGCGCGCCCGGGGCGGGGCGGGGCCGAGGCGUCCCCCUGGCCCCGGAGAGCGGGCCUCGGCCGGGAGGAGGGGGAGGAGGAGGGGCGGGCCACCACCAGGAGCCCCUGAGGCCCCCCAAGACCGCGCCCCCGCCAGCCCGUGCCGCCGCCGCCGCCUCAGAACAGGCAAGAAUUACACCUUUAUCAGAAAAUAAUUAUUCAAGCUCUGCAAUGACUAAACCUAAGGUGAUUAUGGCACCAGCGUCGAUAUCAAAGCUGUCAGUGAAUGCACCUGAAUUUUAUCCUUCUGGAUAUACUCCUGAUUUUACUGAUUCUUCUUCAGAAGACGGGAAUGGUGGAUAUUCAACGCUCACGGAAUAUGUGCAAGACUUUCUAAACCACCUUGCAGAACAGCCAGCUUGUUUUGAAACUGAAAUAGCACAUUUUUCAGAAACUCUAAAUGCUUCUGUUACUACAGAUGAAGCAUUGCAAGAACUGGUUGAACUCAUAUACCAACAGGCUACAUCUGUUCCAAAUUUUUCAUAUAUGGGUGCAAGGCUGUGCAAUUACCUCUCUCAUCAUCUCACCAUUAAUUCACAAUGUGGUAACUUCAGACAGUUAUUACUUCUCAGGUGCCACAAAGAGUUUGAAAAUAAAAAUGAAGCUGCAAAGGGAGAUGAAGCUGCACGAAAAAGAUUCCAUGCAUUUGUGCUAUUUUUAGCUGAACUUUAUUUAAAUCUAGAGAUUAAAGGAAGUAAUGGCCAGCUAACCCGGGCAGAUAUUCUUCAGACUGGACUUCAAGAAUUAUUACACACCCUGUUUUCUAAUCCUGUGGACAACAAUUUAAUAUGUGCAGUAAAGCUACUAAAAUUGACAGGUUCUGUGCUUGAAGAUGCAUGGAAAGAAAAAGGGACAAGUCAUAUGGAUGAAAUUAUACAGAAAAUUGAAAAUGUUGUCUUGGAUGCAAAUUGCAGCAGAGAUGUAAAGCAUAUGCUUCUGAAACUAGUAGAACUCCGGUCAAGUAACUGGGGAAGGGUACAUAUAGCUUCAACAUACAGGGAAGCAACUCCAGAAAAUGAUCCCAACUAUUUUAUGAAUGAACCAACAUUUUACACAUCAGAAGGCGUGCCAUUCACGGCAGCAGAUCCAGACUAUCAGGAGAAAUAUCAAGAACUCCUUGACAGGCAGGAUUUGUUUCAUGGAUGUGAAGAAAAUGGAACAGAUUUGUCAGGAACUGGAGACUUAUAUUUUGACGACGACGACGAUGAUGAUGAGAUGGACCCAGAAAUUGAAGAAGCAUAUGAAAAGUUUUGCUUAGAAUCAGAACGGAAGCGGAAACAAUGAAACACUGCACAUAAUUAUUAAUGUUUGUGUUUUUUAAGGAAACCAGCAUAGGUGUGAAUAGCAAGUAGAAGGGAAGAAAAAUCCUGUUCCAAGUAAAGCAAAUUAAGUUUUUCCAAGUUAUGCAAUUAUCAUUUUGUUAAAAAUCUGCCAAAAAAUGUAAACAAAUUCUGUAACUUAAAAACAAUGUGUAUAUAUCAUAGUUUAUUUUCUGUACAGUUAAAUAAACCAUGCUUAGAUUUGAAUUUUUUUUUUGUUUGAAACAUGCCUGAAAUCUACAAAUGUGAGGGCUGUUUUAAAGGUUCCUUUUUUCUUUUUUUGCUGAAAGUAAAACCCUUGAAACCAUAAAGUAAAUUUUGAAUUUGUGGAAUCAAAUUGUACUAUCUCUCCAUGUGGUACGUAUUUUAAAUUUAUGGGACUAUCAAAUACAUUUUUAAUUGUUUUACAAUCAUGAACACGAACAACCUACUUCAUAAGGAAAUUGAGAGCUCCCCAUUUUCAUGGUUUAAAGCAGCCUUUCCAAGACUUAAGUUCAAAAUGCUGCCAUACAACUAGCUUCAUCACUUAUCAUUGGUCUUUUUGGCUGGAGAAGAUGGGAGUUGUAUUCCAAAAUCUAGAGACUUUAGUUUUAGGCAAACUGGUUUUAGAGAAUUCAGAACCGUCUGCCUCAAAGGAGCCAUUCUCUGUUAAUUUCCCCUCUUCAAAAAUACAUUACAUUGCUUUUAGUUAGAAGUGGCACAAACAUCUACUUCCAAAAUGCAAAUACCGCAUUGUAAUCAACACAGCAUUUCUGUUGCUCUUAAUUUUAGUUAAUUUAGAUUUAUUAUACAGUCACAACAAGGAAUAAAGCAGUUCCAUGCUGCAGAAAACAACGCAUUUUGAAUGAGUCUGUUGGUCACUGUAUUUUUGCUUGUAAUCAUCCGUUUUCGUCUCUGUAAAAAUUAUCCCAGGAGACUUCUAAAUUUUUUGUCCCUCGUUACAUUGAAUAGAUGAAGUAGAGUCUAUUUCCUAACACCAACUGUGUGUGUAGACCUUUCCAAGAAGUAGGUUAAAUAACAUAUACAGGGUGAGGCAGCAUCACUUCCUUUUUUCAAAACUUAAUAAAACCCAUUGUAUGAAUCAGGAAAAAAAAUUAUAUAAUGGAGGCGCAUACCUAAAGUUUUGUUUUACGUAGUUUUGAAGAUCAAAUUAGGUAGGUUACGUCCCCCAAUCUCCAUACACUGAGUAAACUGAUUUCUGGCGUUUGACAUUACUCUGGCCAGCAUAGCAGGCGUUAUGUUGGAAAUUUCUUCCUGGAUGUUGGUCUUCAAAUCUUGCAGGGUCCUUGGACAGUUCACAUAAACACGGGAUUUCAAAAAAACCCAUAGAAAAAAUAUCACAAGGGGCCAAAUUUGGAGAGCGGGCCGGCCACUCCAAAUCCGCUUGAAAAGUAGGCCUCAACGGCCAAAGCACGCUCCUCACUGUUCCAACGCAUGAUGGUGACUGAACUGUGUCAGGACAAAACUUUAUACUCCCGCCUCUCGAAUGAGAUCACUAGUGCUUCGCUAUGUCUUCCGCUACGUCUUCAACCGACAUUUUAAAAAAGAAAGUUAUGCUGCCUCACCCUGUAUAAAGACAGAAGAGGUUGUAAAUAUGCAUGUAAAUAGUGCUGUUUAAUAUUGCACUGUUAAAACUUGGUACAAUUUGUGACUGUUAAUGCAGCUAGCAUCUACUAUAUCUGGUUCUUCCAUUUCUUUAGUUAACAUAUUUUGAAAAAAAAAUAAACUGCUUGUUUUAUUGGG